AUGCUAGACUCGAUUGUCGACAGCGGUCUCGUCACCUCAACUUUGUACAAGAUAGACGAUGAACUCAAGUUUCUGAUAAUGGAGACAUAUCUCAAGGACAGAGACCUUGUGCACCGGUUCAAGUACUACAAGGAGCGGAACAGGGAGCGGGACGCAUUGGCGGCUAUUGGGCGUGCGAAACGUGAGCUGGAAAUAGUGAGCGGGUCAGAGACGUCUGGAAGCAGUCAGGGAGACCUGUACUCGCCAGAGGAAACAAACCCGGUUGCAGCGACACAUUUUGAGGAAUUUGUCGGUCUUUUGACGGCAUUUCUGGAAAUUUGUUUCACGGCCCUUAUCAGACCCGUUAGCAAGACCAUAUUUGCUCUGUUGUCGCGUCCAGAUACUAAGUACGACCUGGGGUAUUGUCUGCAGACAAUGUUUUCGUUUUUGAACGUGGUAUUCAUUCGCUUCAUUACUACUGAUCAGAUUGUUAUGAGUCCGCUGACUCCACAGUCUCGUAACGAGGUGUCUCACGCGUUCAAGUCCGGGUUUGAUUUUGGCCCAGACUCCCAGUUCACCCCUCCCAAAUCUUCCGAGAAGAAGCUGAUUGAUCAGCUCCACUCAAUCCAGGAAGAUGAAUCCCUGUUUUCCGAGCUCAUGGUCACCACCAAUGAUAGCGAUGAAGAGAAUUCCAAAGAAUGGGCAGACCAUAUUUUGAAACAGCAAACUCAGGAUCUGCCUCCUUGUGAACUGCUUGCUGACUCGCUGGUCAGCGGGAGUAGCCCCACAGUGCCCGACGAGUCGCAGUAUCAGGUGGUCGACACGAAAGCUCUGGAGACCUCGGGAUCUCCUUCGAAUCAGAACGACGAAAUGUUGCGCAUCUUCCAAGUGUUGCGGGAUGGUUUGCGCGAGUACAUCCGACAACUCUCUGCCGCAAAGGCAGACUAUGUCGUGAUGGUCCGCUCCGACUUCCUCAUCAACUAUGGUGGAAAGGCUGGUUGUCAUUUGCGCACAAAGAUGAUCAACGAGUAUUUAACCAUGGCUAAGAACGAUGAGGAGUUGCUAUGCUACAGUCUGUCCCAACAGCUGGGCGAUAUGAGCAUUCUGGAGGACAUCCGCAAUCUCAUUAGAGAGAGCGAUCGCAGAAGAAAACUGUACAAUAAGCGAAAGAACAUUAUGAUCGAUAAAGAGAAGCGUGCCGCUUCCACACCUAUCAACGACGUGAUUCCAAGUCCAGUCGAGGUUAGCGAGAAGAAGAGAAAGCCCAGAAUUGACACCAAGUUCAAGGGUCUAUCUGUGGAAAAGAUUCAGAUCGGGUACUACAAUCAGGAUAAACUCAACGCGGUUGCAGAUCUCACGCAGAUUUUGAAAGCAGAGGAAAGCGAGCAGUUUGUUGUAGACCUCAGGGGCAAGAGCAUGCCGCUGAAAGCGUGUUUGGAAGCCAUCUACUCGCCAGAGUUGAACUUUGACCAUUCCAUGGUGUACACCAAAAUUCCUCUCAACCUGAGUUUUGAUUAUAGCAUUGAUCUCGAGUCCAACAGAACCGUUGCAUACACUGAGAGUCUUCUUUCUGUGUCUUCGCACCUUGCAUCAGAUUUGAACGUGUCCAACGACAAUUUCUCGAGGAUUCUCCAGCUGCGAGCUGUUGUCCGAGUUUAUGAUAAUGACAUGUUGGUUCUCAGGCGCACUGAGCAAGUCACUGGUCAUUUGCUAUCUGACAACAAUCGCAUGAAGGUCAAUCUCCCGCUCAACUCCAAGUACUGGUCCAGUCUUUUGAACGAGUAUUCUAACGGCUCGGUUGGCGCAGGCAAGUUUGAGAGCUUGCGGAUCACUCACACGCUGUACUUUGACGAAGAUCCUUCUGUCAUUAGAACGAGUCCCCAGUGUUCAGAAAAAGAUUGA